CUUUCUUCUCCGAUUAUGGUCUCUUAAUUUGUAAUCAAAGCCAUGAAGAUGAAGUUGAAGUUCAAUUUUAGAGCAUUGGUGUUUCUCUUUGUAACUUGCUGCUGUUUGAGCCUCCGAUCGGAAGCUACAGCCACCUAUGCUUAUCAUAUUUGCCCCAAUACAACAACUUAUACAUCAAAUAGCAACUUCCGUUCAAACCUAAACCUUCUCCUCUCCACUCUAUCUUCCAAUUCCACAGUGCCAAGCGGUUUCUACAACGCCACUGUCGGCCACUCAACUAACGACACAGUCUAUGGCCUCUUCCUCUGCCGUGGAGACCUUUCACCUGAAUCUUGCCAGGACUGCGUCACCACCGCCGCCGGAGAGAUUGUCAGUACCUAUUGCCCGACUCAAAAGAGAGUCGUUAUUUGGUACGAAGAAUGCAUGCUUCGGUAUUCGGACCAAUCGAUCAUCUCGAUUGUCGACCGCUCGUUUCGGCCUACUCUGUACAAUACCCAGAACGUGACAGAUCCACAGGGUUUCACGCAGGCGCUGGCGGAGAUCAUGACAGACGUGGAAACGAGGGCGGCGAGCGGAAGCGGCUCGGUAGGCAAGAAGUUCGCUGUGGCGCAAGCCAACUACUCGGUGUUGCAGCAGCUUUAUGCGAUGGCUCAGUGCACGCCGGAUAUUUCUUCCAACGACUGCACAAUGUGCUUACAGGACGCAAUCUCAAGCCUUCCGAGCUGCUGCGGGGGAAGUCGCGGCGUUAGAGUUCUGUUGCCGAGUUGCAAUAUUAGGUACGAAAUGUAUAGUUUCUACAAUUCCACCGCCUUUCCUCCGCCGUCUACGCCUCCUCCGCCACAGUCUCUUCCUCCUCCUCCUCCUCCUCUGACGCUGUCGAACAGUUCAGGAAAGGGAGGGAUUUCAUCGGCAAUGCUCAUAGCCAUAAUCGUGCCGAUUGGAGUCUCUGUUCUGCUCUUCAUUGCGGGAAUAUGUUUCAUGAAAAGGAGAUCGAAGAAGAAAUAUCAGCCAGUCAGAGAAGACAUCACAAUUAGUACAGGAACUGACAUUACAGCAGACUCAUUGCAAUUUGAUUUUGCUACCAUACAAGCUGCCACAGAUAACUUUUCCGACAGCAAUAAGCUUGGUGAAGGUGGAUUUGGAUCCGUCUAUAAGGGUAUAUUGUCAAAUGGAAACGUUGUAGCGGUGAAGAGGUUAUCGAAAAGCUCGGGUCAGGGUGUGGUAGAGUUUAAGAACGAGGCAAUGUUAGUGGCGAAGCUUCAACAUAGGAAUUUAGUGAGAAUGUUAGGAUAUUGUCUCGAAGGAGAAGAGAAGAUACUCGUCUACGAGUAUGUUCCUAAUAGAAGCAUGGAUUACUUCCUCUUUGAUUCCAAGCGGAAAGAAGAACUGGAUUGGUCCAAACGGUACAAAAUCAUAGGAGGGAUAGCCCGAGGCCUAGUUUAUCUUCACGAAGAUUCCCAACUCAGAAUCAUACAUCGUGAUCUAAAAGCUAGUAAUAUCUUGUUAGACAAAAACAUGAAUGCAAAAAUAUCGGAUUUUGGCAUGGCGAGGAUAUUUGGCGGGGAUCAAACUCAAGGAAACACGAGUAGAGUUGUUGGAACCUUCGGUUACAUGUCACCUGAAUAUGUAUUGCACGGGCACUUCUCCGUGAAGUCGGAUGUGUUCAGUUUUGGAGUCAUGUUGUUGGAGAUUAUAAGUGGGAAGAAGAACAUCAAUUUUCGCCAUGAAGAUUCCAUCGACCUACUAGGCUAUGCAUGGAAAUUGUGGAGCAAUGGUGCACCUUUGGAAUUUGCUGAUCCUGCACUGGGAGGAUCCUACAAUGGAAACGAGGUCAUCCGAUGCAUACUUAUAGGGUUAUCGUGUGUGCACGAAAAUCCAGAAUCCAGACCAUCAAUGUCGACUGUUGUUAUGAUGCUAACUAGUCAAUCUGUGUCAAUACAAGCACCUCAAAAACCAGCCUUCUUCCCCCGUAGCACAAUGGUGCUGCCGGCCAUGGAAAGUUCCGAAUCCAAUAAAUCUGCAAUCAAGUCCAGUGGUCUUCCUCAUUCGGUCAAUGAUAUUUCUAUUACUGAACUUGACCCUAGAUAGAUGUUUGAAUUAUAUUGAAAUUUGUAAAAUGUGUAAUGAUAAGGGUUAUUUCUACAUGCACUUUGAUGUUUUAAUAUCUUGUUUUGAGUUGGGAAGGUGGCAUUCCUAUGUAAUAUAAUAUUGGGUCUAUUUAAA